AUGACUUGCAGACAUGACUGGUUGUAUAAUGUCACUGAGCCAACUGUGAAAAAUGUUACUGUUGCAAACAGAGACCCAUUAACUGUAAAAGGAGUUGAAUGUGUGGACAUUCACAUAAAUCAGAAAGAUAAAAUACAAGUUAAAAAUGUACUGUUUGUUCCUGGUUCAGCUGCCAAUCUCCUUUCAGUCAGCACAAUCAUGAAGAAUGGGCAUAAUGUAAUAUUUUAUGACAAGGGAUGUGACAUUCAGAAUGCUAAAGGAGAGGUUAUCUGUAAUGCAGUAUUAAAAAAUAACCUAUACGUUAUGAACAUAAGUGGAGAAGAGGUUCAUCUGACUUCAAGUGCUGUGAAUUCUAAUGACACUUAUCUGUGGCAUCUGCAAAUGAGACACUUGAAUUUUUCAGAUAUUAAGAAACUGCCAAAUUGUGUCUUUGACUUCAGACAAAGUUGCAGACAUGGAGGGCCGGUCAGCCAGUAAUAGCACUGCUCCUACCAGUACUGGGAUGUCAUCUGA